CCUUAUACCCAGCCCUCCAGCCCUCCCUCCGCAACAAUGGCCGGCGAAAAGAGAGGCGACCUCGGCAGCGUCCUGGUCAUUGGCGGCAACGGCUUCCUGGGCCACCACAUUGUCAACCAGGCGCUGUCCUCGUGGACCUGCUCGGCCGUCGCCUCGGUCGACCUGCGCUGCACCCGCAACAUCAACGCCGGCGCCUCGUACCACGAGUGCGACAUCACCGACGCCGCCCGGCUGACGGAGCUGCUCAAGACGAUCAAGCCCGACGUCGUCAUCCACACCGCCUCGCCCACGGCCAGCAGCGACAGCACGACGGCCCACGAGCUCUUCCGCAAGGUCAACAUCGGCGGCACCCAGGCCGUCAUCGAGGCCUGCCAGAACUCCGGGGUCAAGGCCCUCGUGUACACCAGCUCGGCCAGCGUCGUCAGCGACAACGAGAACGACCUGCUCAAUGCGGACGAGGACUGGCCCGUCAUAAGGGGCGCCCAGCAGAAGGAGUACUACUCCGAGACAAAGGCCGCCGCCGAAGAGCUCGUCAUCAAGGCCAACCGCCAAGAACCCUCCAAGCUGCUAACCACCUCCCUCCGCCCCGCGGGCAUCUUCGGCGAGGGCGACGUCCAGACCCUCGCCGGCUUCAUCCGCGCCUACGACAACAAGCAGACGCACCGCGUCGACGGCGAGAUCUUCUUCGUCACAAACGACUCGCCCGUAUACUUUUGGGACUUUGCGCGCGCGGUGUGGCGGGCCGCGGGCAGCGACAGGGGCACCGACGGCGUGUGGGAGAUUUCGCGCGGCAUGAGCCUCCUGCUCGGGUCCGCGAGCGAGCUCUACUUUGGCUUGGUCGGGAAGACGCCCACGUUUACGAGGCUGCGGGCCAUGGUGUCGACCAUGACGCGCUACUACAACAUCAGCAAGGCCAAGAGGGUCCUGCGGUACGAGCCGCUGUGGACGCUGCAGGAGGGCAUUGAUCGGGGCGUGGGGUGGUUUCUGGAGGAGAAGAAGAGGGACGAGGCCAAGAAGUCGCAGUGA